UCUCCGUCGCACAAAAUCCUGGGAAGCCAAAUUAUCAGUAACUUAUCUCCAUCACACAAACAAAUGCAGAUAUUUUGAUUUUUUUUCCUUAUCGAAUCAAAAUCAAUACAAUUACAUCCUUGAUCUUUUCAUGUAAGAAGAAAAAGAUCUCUUCUGCUUCUGCUUCAUUUCUCUAUUAGCAAUGGCGAUUCUGAAUUACUUAUCAGUAACUUCAUCUUCAACACCAAUCAUUCCAGACUCAAUACCUCAACCCCAACCUGCUCCAUUAGACCCAAGACAAACCAAAGUAAUUCUCCCCAAAAAAAAGCCCCAGAAAUGGUCUACUGGUAUGGCUCCUGGUGAUUAUGGCGGUCCACCUCCAGCAACUAAACUCAGAAAGUAUUGGGGUGGUGAGAAAGAUCCACUUGCUAAGGAUGAUUUCAUGUGGAAUAAAGAUUUUAUGAAUCAAAUGAAAAGAUACAUUCAAGAACCUGAUUCUUCUUCCCUCUCUUCUCUUCAAUCUCCUCCUGUGAAGGAAAAACCCUCUGGAUUUCUAAGUUUUAAUAGAGUGCAGAGUUUAGAAAGUAUGGAGACUGAUUUGAGCAAAGAACUUACAGCACCACCUAAACGUGUUUUGGAAAUGCAAGUUGAAGCUGCAAGACGGCGGGUUUGGGAAAUUCAAGCGGCAGCAGCUGCUUCUGCAUCACCUAAAUGGAGACCGGCUCCGACUCGAAAAGAGCAACAGAAAUGGGAUAGGGCAACUAAGGCGGCCACGGGAGGCAGUGAUGUUCUUAUUCGUGAAUCAAAGCAGCCUAAGGUUGAUCCAAGAGUGUCGGCAGCUGAGUCACAGAAGCAAUAUGUGAAGUUGAAGAAUCAGUUACAACUUCUGACUUUGGGGUUUGGAGGCGUUGGUGUGAUUACGUGUUUUGUUUCGUAUUCUCCAGAAAUUGCAGCUAGCUUUGGUGCAGGAUUCCUUGGUUCUUUAAUAUACGUACGCAUGCUUGGGAACAGUGUGGAAGGCUUGGCAGAUGGAGCUAGAGGGGCUAUCAAGGGAGCUAUUGGGCAACCAAGAUUGUUGGUUCCUGUCGCACUAGUUAUGAUCUUUAACCGUUGGAACGGGAUCCUUGCACCAGAAUAUGGACUUAUGAACUUACAGCUUAUACCGAUGCUUUUAGGGUUUUUCACCUACAAGCUUGCUACUUUUACCCAAGCUAUCGAGGAGGCUAUAAGACCUUUGGCUGCAUCUGAAAAGAAGACAGAAGACUAAGACACUUGAGUCGUUGUCCAUAUAAAGUUGGCUUCUGCAAUAAUUCCUAACUAUAUCUCUGGAAGAGAUCCUGUUUCCAAAUUGUUGUUGGUUUUCAGCAGUUCGCUAGUAAAAAGUUAAAAGAGAAUCCCCUGAUGACCUUGACUUCUGGGAGGAGAAUGUAAAACAUGAUAUAUCGCAAAGCAUCGAGGGUGUCUACUCCCAGUGCUUGAUUACUGUAAGCAUCUUAACUGUUGCAAAAAUGUAUGAAUACACAGAGAGUUGACCAGAAUCCUAGUUGUAUCCUAUAGUGAAUGUAAUUUGUUGUAGAAACUUUGAGUAAAAUAAUGUCAAUCCUUUUGGUCUUAUCAACUUGGAAA